AUGGCUGUUGCUGUGCUGGGGAUUAGGGGUUCCCUUUGGGACUCCACUUCCGUUGAUGCUUCAGCUUCACCCUUCUCCAGCCCUCAGAGGGCAUGACUCAGGUGAAGGGGGUUCAUUUUGGCCAACCCCCUGGCCUCAUGCAGCCCUUCAGCAUCCCCGUUCAAAUUACACUCCAGGGCAGCCGGAGGUGCCAGGGGAGGACAGCCUUUCCUACCUCGGUGAAGAAGAGACACAGAGACUAUAAGGAUGGAGACUCAGCAGAGGUGCACAGGAAGCUGCCCUCCAGUGCUGGAGAGGACAGAGCCAUGCUGCUAGGGUUUGCAAUGAUGGGUUUCUCCAUCCUAAUGUUCUUCUUGCUUGGAACAACCAUCCUAAAACCUUUCAUGCUCAGCACUCAGCGCAAAGAGUCGAACUGCACUACCAUCCACACGCACAUCAUGGAGGACUGGCUGGACUGUGCUUUCAGCUGUGGCAUGGACUGCCGAGGCCAGGGGAAGUACCCGUGUCUUCAGGUGUUUGUGAACCUCACCCAUUCAGGUCAGAAAGCUCUCCUGCAUUAUAAUGAAGAGGCUGUUCAGAUCAAUUCCAAGUGCUUUUAUACACCCAAGUGCCAUCAAGAUAGGAAUGAUUUGCUCAACAGUGCUCUGGACAUAAAGGAAUUCUUUGAUCACAAAAAUGGAACCCCCUUUUCAUGCUUCUACAGUCCAGAUGGCCAAUCUGAAGAUGUCAUUCUUAUAAAAAAGUAUGACCACAUGGUUCUCUUCCACUGUUUAUUUUGGCCUUCACUGACUUUGCUAGGUGGUGCCCUGAUUGUUGGCAUGGUGAGAUUGACACAGUACCUUUCCCUGCGGUGUGAAAAAUACAGCACUUCAGCCAGAGAUGAGAUAGGUGGCAGAGUACACUCUACGGGAUGGCAGCAAAUCCAACUACAGAGUAUGGGGAGGAACAAAGGAAGGACCAGAGAGAUCUUAAGAUGGUGGCUAAAGUAAAGCACUGGCCUCCUAUACUGGGAUUUCUGCAACUGAACACCUAAUUAUGGUUGCCUGCCAAUUAAACUAAUUACACAAAGCUAAGUAUCAUAUUUUCAUGUGGGAGACAUUUUUAAAAAGCUUCAUGUGUAUUCUAUUUAUUCUAUAAAUAUGCACAAAUUCAUCAUCCUUUCUAUUCCAAACCUCUUUCCACAGAAGAGCCAAUGAAGCACACAGGGCGAAAUGAGUUCAAGGUAGUUAUUCUCAGUGUCUAAGUUUAGCCCUAGCUAGAAUCUGUCAGUAUGGAAACCAAGGUAUCUACUGAGCACUGGACUCUCAGCCUAACAAUCUAUGCAGUACAGUUCACACAAUAAUGUUUCUCAAAGAAAUCCUUAGUGGUAUGUGGUGGUACAUGUCUGUAGUCCCAGUGACUAGGGAGGCUAAGGCAGGAGGAGGAUCACAGGUUCAAGG